CCAUCUACUGAGUGGCUCCAUGCCGCUGGCUUCCAGGACUUCCAAGCCACUCCAGCGCAGUUCACGGAGUUGAGACGUCGUUACGAGAAGACUCAGAAGGAAGCCGAUGAAAUCCGCGACUCGGCAUUAAAUGCGUGA